CAGAAUGUAGUUGACUCUUCGCCUGAAAGACUCAGCUCGUCCUCACAAAAACAAAGUGUUUCAGUCAGAAUCGGGGAUUAUAUCGCCCAAGUGAAGUUCCUUCGAGAUCAGAAUGGAUUUCGAUCGCGUGCUUGAGAAGUGUGGGAACUUCGGCCGGUUUCAGUUUGUCUUACUCAUUCUCUAUGGCUACACAAAUAUUCUUAGCUCGUUGCACUAUUUCUCACAGACUCUCAUUACUUUUACACCUGAGCAUUGGUGUUCCCAUGACGACUUGAUGGGGCUGAGUGCUGCGGAACUGCGCUCCGUUUAUUCCAAUGUAACGCACUCCUCCUGCACCCUUCUCUCGGAGGUGGUCAAUGGGACCGGCGUGGCCUCGGAAAUGGCAACCUGCCAGGACUGGAUCUUCGAGCGGGAGAACGGCUACGAGAGCCUGACCACGGAGCUAAAGUGGGUCUGCGACAAGUCGCACCAGCCGGCGGUGGGUCAGUCCUUCUUCUUCCUGGGCUCGGUGGUGGGAACCAUUACUUUCGGAUCCCUAUCAGAUCGCAUUGGCAGACUGCCCGCUAUGCUGAUGGCGAGUAUAUCUGGAGCGACUGGUGACUUCAUCACCUCCUUCGUGCACACCCUGCCCUGGUUUGCCUUCUCAAGAUUCGUGUCGGGAUUAUCCACGGAUACCAUGUACUAUCUUAUGUACAUCUUGGUCUUCGAGUACUUGAGUCCCAAGCGCCGAACCUUCGGCCUCAACAUCAUCCUGGCUGUAUUCUACUGCUUUGGACUGAUGACCUCGCCCUGGAUAGCCAUGUGGAUUGGCAACUGGCGCCGCUACCUCUGGCUCGCAUCUCUGCCAGCUCUGGGAGUGCUCAUCUAUCCGCUGCUGAUCUGCGAAAGUGCCCAGUGGCUGCUGACCAAGAAGAAGUACGAUGAGGCGGUGGCCUGCCUGAAACGAGUGGCCAAGUUCAAUGGCCGCCAGGUGGAGGACUCCGUGUUCGACGAGUUCGUAAAGCACUAUCGCGAGAAGAUGAACGAGGAGAGCAAGUUGAACAAGCAGAUGGACACUUUCCUGGGGAUGUUUAAGACUCCCAGACUUCGUCGCUUUACCACCACUCUUCUGGUUAAAUCGGUCAUCAUCACACUCUCCUACGAUGUGAUCAACAGGAACAUGGAAGGCUUGGGCUCCUCGCCCUUUAUGCUGUUCUCACUGACCUCCAGUGUUUAUCUACCAGCGGGAUUCCUCAUUCUUCUGCUGCAGAACAAGAUCGGUCGCAAAGGCAUGGCCUGUGGAGCCCUGAUAGUGGGUGCCAUUAUUACCGCCGCCACGGGAUUCCUAAUCGCCGUCCUGGAUCCCAAGGAGAAUGCCAUCCUGCUGGCCUUGAUGGUGGGUCUGGGCCGCUUUGGCACCACUGUCUCCUACGAUGCGGAGAUCCAAUAUGCGGCUGAGAUCAUUCCCACCAGUGUGCGGGGUCAGGCGGUGUCCAACAUCCAUGUGGUGGGACUGGCCUCCAGCUCGCUGGCCUUCUAUGUGAUAUACUUGGCCCAGUACUACAAGCCACUGCCCUCAAUCUUCAUCAGUAUUCUGAUGUUCCUGGGCGCUCUUCUGUGCCUAACUCUUCCAGAAACUCUGCACAAGAAACUGCCCGAAACCCUGGCCGAUGGCGAACGCUUUGCCAUGAACGAGAGCUGCCUCUACUUCCCAUGCUUCCACAAACGCCGCGAAAGUCUGACCAAGCAUGAGGACCUUAAGUCUGAACCCUAGAGAGUUGUGCACCUGAAAACUGAAUACUUUUUAGCCUACUGGCCUAGCCACUUAACCUGAUGAUGGAGCCAACGAUAAGUUGACUCCUGUAACCGAAUGGUCUGAUAGUUAUUACUCAUGUGAAGGAUGCAUAGUAAUUAAACCAAAACCGUUGUGUAGAACACAUUUAUCUUACCCUAUAUAUCCAAAACAGAACUGGUAUAAAUAUAUGAUGUACUUAUUUUCUUUCACAAUAAAUUGAUGUAUGAAAAACUACAA